AUGGGGUUGGAAUUAAAAAUAAAAUUUCAGCUUUUGAGGGAGGUUGGUAAAAAGAAAAAACCAAAGCAUAAAUUUUGGGAUGAAAAAAAACAAGAAAUCAGGCCUUUUGUAUUUCACAUUUUAAGAAAAAUGAAAAAAAUAGAUUUUCUACCUUUUUUUGCAUAGGGGUGUGUUGAUUCUUGGUUGGCCACUAAAGGAUCAUGUCCCUUGUGCAAAAAGUAUGUCCGGUCCUUAGUUUAAUAAUUUUCAUGA